AUGACUGACCACAGCACUUACUCUCCCAUCGGCGCUGGCUCGCCUGAUCUUCACUCUAAUCCAAGUGUUCCUUCCACUCCUAAUGUUCCGUCGACUCCCGGCUUACCUUCCUCCCCUACUGCCAUCGUCACAGAGUCAGACGGCUUCACUUCGUAUCCCCCGACACCGCAAGGCUUGAGCAGAAGACAGUUGAACCUUUUCAAAAGACAAAGAAAAGCUGCUCUCAAACUUGCUAUGCUCAUGGCUACGGAGUUGGAAGAUCCCACCAGUUCUCCUUCAACAUUUCACCAUGUCACCGACACCGAAAAUGACACUGACAUACCUGGAGACUACAAAAGAGGCGAUCUUGGUCGUCAGGCUCGUAAAUUGUUCAAAUCCAAGGAUAAGCAUGCCAUGUUCACCACUUCAAUCACCAUCGUCGAGUCUGAUCUCCACAUCAAGACUCCUAUCAAGAACAAUGGCAACAACGGUGGCACUUCCAACAAGACUAAGGCCAUAAUCUCUGCCUCCCCCGUCGCCAAGGGCACUACCAAUCACGACGAGGUCACCGACGGCACCAAGGUUGCUGGUCACUCUCGCCCCUUCGCUCCUCCCACCUUUUGGUUCCUGUCCUCCCCCAUCGCCUGGAGCCUCGCUUUCACCCCCAAGCCUGAACCUGUUCCCGAGCUUACCACUCCUGAGCCUGUUGAUGGUGCUGUUGGCCCCAAGCCUGAGCCUGUUCCUCGCCCUCCCACCCCUGACCCUUACCCCCCUCCCGCCCCUAUCUUCUGGAGACUCCUCUGGCUCCAGAUGCUGGCUCCUGUCAACCCUGCCAUGUAA